GGUGAUAAACCAUUCAAAUGUGAUGUAUGUCAGAAGACAUACACAUGUACACCAAGUCACAAUGCUAGCAGAGUCACAUGAGGACACAUACAGGUGAUAAACCUUAUAAAUGUGCUGUAUGUGGGAAGACAUUUUCCCUCUCAGAAAACUUACAGAUACACAUGAGAACACAUACAGGUGAAAAACCUUAUCAAUGUGAUAUUUGUGGGAAGGCUUUUGCACUGUCAAAUCACCUACAGUAUCACAUGAGGACACAUACAGGUGAUCAACCUUAUAAAUGUAAUGUGUGUGGAAAGGCAUUCAAUCUGUCAGGUGACUUAAAGAGUCACAUGAGGACACAUACAGGUGAUAAACCUUAUAAAUGUGAUGUUUGUGGAAAGGCAUUCAGUCGGUCACCUUACUUAAAGAGACACAUGAGGAAACAUACUGGUGACAAACCUUAUAAAUGUGAUGUUUGUGGAAAAGCAUUCAGUUGGUCACCCGACUUAAAGAGACACAUGAGGAUACAUACUGGUGAUAAACCUUAUAAAUGUGAUGUUUGUGGAAAGGCAUUCAGUCGUUCACCCGACUUAAAGAGACACAUGAGGAAACAUACUGGUGACAAACCUUAUAAAUGUGAUGUUUGUGGAAAAGCAUUCAGUUGGUCACCCGACUUAAAGAGACACAUGAGGAUACAUACUGGUGAUAAAUCUUUCAAAUGUGAUGUAAGUCCGAAGGUUUUCACCCAGUGACAGGCCUUACAGAGACACCUGAGGACACAUACAGGUGAUAAGCCUAAUUAAUGUGAUUUUGUUGAAAUGGCUUUUAUUCGAAUAAUAUACAGGAACACUUGAGGACACAUACAGGUGAUAAAUUAAAUAAGUAUGAUCUGUGUGGACAAGCAUUCAACUGGGAAGGAAAAGUUCAGAUACACAUAAGAACACAUACUGAUGGAAAACCUUAUAAACUUGACAUGUGUUGGAAGGCAUUUAAGCCGUCUGAGGACUUGCAGAGCACGUGAAGAGACAAACAAGUGAUAAACCUUAUAUUAAAACUUGAUAUGUGCGAAAGGUCUUAUUCUGAUGUUAAUACUUUAAAGGACAAUAGACGAUGCAUUCAGGUGAAAAACCUUACAAAUGUAAUGUACGUGGACAUGUUUUCAG